AUGCUGUGCCGAUGUGGCUCGUCCAUGUGCAGUCACUUUACGUACCGUCCCUCCGACGAUGUCAUGCGUUACCUCACUACCCGCACCCGUCUGUGGCGUGGCGGAUUCUGUACAAGAAGAAGGAGAGGCGACGACGACGUUGCAUCGCUGCUACGGUUGGGCUUCGAUGACGAGACGGUCAUCCUGUCGCUUCUGCCGUCGCGGGCGCAGCUCUUGGCGUACAUGCGGACGCAUUUGGCAUCGUCUCACCGCACUGCAGCAAAGAACGGGAUACUGGCGUGCUACCGGCAUGUGUUUAGACUCCUCAAUAAGGCCGCACCGCACCAGCGGAGUGCGUGA